GGGCUCUGUAGGCCAGACUCACCAUUGUGAGGUGAUAUUUAUAUUAUUACUUAAAUGUAAACCUUGAUUAAAAUCUGUAUACAGGCUGAAACAGACACGCACUCCGUUUCAAGAGGUGGCGAUAUGCUUUCUGAGCUGGAUAAAACAAAGCUUAAUCUGGAGUGAGGAAGAGGAUCACGGUCUUUAAGCCCAUCAAGUCUUAACAGGCGUCCGUCCUCGAAUUUGGUGGGCUCUUGAAGUCUGCUUAAAUCACAAUCAAGUGUAAGAAGCUGCAUUUUUUAACUACAACACAGCAGCUACUGACUUCUUCAGGAACAAUGCAGCUCAUCAGAGCUUUUGCAUUCCUUUGCCUGGUGAUUUCAGUCGGUGCGCAGAGGAGUUACAGACUGACCUGUUAUCUGGAUGUUUUAACACACCGCACACAUGAGGGGCCGUGCUCUCACAUCAUCCUCCCCUUGACCCCCACUGAUGACGACCUUUACCUCCAAAGCUUGUCAGAAGUUGACAGUGUUACUAUUAGAAUGAUGAAAGAGAGAAAUCCAACUUUGAAGAUUUUGCUUGGCUUGGAAAUCAAAUCAUCAAGGUUGGAGCUGAUGUCUGCUAAUGAGGCCGGUGUUGAGACUUUUGUUCAAACGGUAUUGACAUACUUAAAGCACCAGAGUUUAGACGGUGUAGACGUGACUUGGCUGGAUGGCCCUUCUGGUGAAUCUAGCAGAACCAUAGAGCUAUUCACAAAUUUUCUGAAGAGUCUUAAAGGCGCGUUUGAAGGAGAAACCCAGCCUCUACUUCUGUCAGUAUCUGUACUAGAGCUUGCUGACCACAGUGCAGUAACUUAUAAUGAGCCAACACUUUCACAGUACGUGGACUUCAUAUCCAUUCUGCCUGCUCACCUCGAAAAGGAUGGACCAUACAUUAACAAAACAGUCCAGCACUGGCAGGACCAGAAAGUCGACCUGCAAAAGCUCAAUCUAGCCAUGCCUGCUUUUCUACGACGGUCACAUAGAAGGCAUCACCACAGGGAUCGCCUCAAGCAUGAUGACAUGAAUAAAGAGACAGGAAGGAUGGAUCACAUCCACGUUUUGGGCUUAUACCUGGGCAAUCAGGUGUGCCAGGCCAUUAAAAGUGGACAAGAGCGGUUCAUUACUUUAACAAGUCUCUCAAAUGAGCAAAGUUUUAUAGCAGAGGUGCUCCAGAAAGGCUUUGGUGGCAUAGGAGUUGUCUUGAUAGAUCUGGACGUCUUCUAUAACUCCAUGUGUGCAAACAUUACUCGGGAAGAACGAGCAAUGGUUGAAUCAAAGGCGAUUAUGCAUUCGCGUCAUGAACACCGACGUCAUGAGCAUGGUGGUCGUCAUCACAGGAGGAACCAUCACCAGCAUCAUCACUCUCAUCUUCCUUACGGCAGCCAUGGUCACCAUCACCAUGGACGCCAUCAACACGGACAUCAUCAUCAACAUAGUCAUAGUCACCAUGGUCACCAUCACCAGGGACAUCAUCAACAUAGCCAUCGUCACCAUGGUCACCAUCAUCACCAUCAGCAUCGUCCAAUAAUUCCUCAAAGCAACAUAACACUGGAGGAACGGCAGGGCAUGGAGUGAACUUAAUACAUAAAUUGCAUAUGAUGAAUAUUAAUGAGACCUGCUCUAUAUAUAUAUUUUUUUUUUUCUCACAAAAUUCUCAUUAACCUUUAUAUACAGUUUAUCUAUAUAUCCAUCUAUUAUUAAAAAAGUUGGUAAAUAAUUAGUUUACCAUUUAUUACUUUUUUACAUUAUAGGGAUGACAAUGACAUUGCAAUGUGGUAAUGCAAAUUAUUUUUUUGUAAUACUGCAAAAAUAUUUUGUUCUGCUUUAAUAGUACUGAGAAUUAGAUUGUUUUGCAUUAGACUAAUUUUGUUUUGCACUAUGCAAAAAAAAAAUUGUAUUACGUUUUCAUGCUUUUACGAACUAACGUUUUUAAUAAUUGCUUAUUAUUGCAAAAAAGCUUAUUGUAUAUCAGAGCAGAUCAAUGCAGCAUUAUGAAAUAAACAUGUAGCAUAAAAGUCUCA